GCCGGACGAAAUCAAAUAGUUGGCCGGCAGUUUGACACCCAUGGGCUAGACCGACCCGAAGUUCGUGGAAGUCUUCCACAGGUCAUUCUCGAGAACGGGAUGGGGGAUUGUGGUCGAAAGGAAAAAGUGACGAUCGAUGAAGGGGUUGGGAUUCCGAUAAGGGCGAAGAUCUCACUCCGCGGGAUGAAAGGGGACUUCAAGGGUUGCACAUGGGAACGUGUAAAGAUUGGGGAAGAAGAUUUGAUGCCUAUGGCGAUGAGAGGGCCUCUGAGUUUUAGGGCCACGAAUGAACCAGGGAGUUCUUGCCCAAGAGUUCGUGGAAGUUUUUCACGGGUCGUGAGCCUGGCUCUCGCCUUCGGGGUCCUCGCCAUCCUCGUCUACGCCCUCGCCUGCCUCCUCGCUCGACCGGAUUACUGGGAGAAACGGGGGUUCAAGGCCAAGACUCCUGUUUAUCCUCUGUUUGGGAAUCUGUGGAAAGCAUGGACCAGCGAGCAGAUCUUUCGCUCCGAUAUCAACGCUAUCCACCAGAUCGGCAAGGUGUACGGGACCUACGACGGGAGGCACCCGACGCUCGUGGUCGCGGACCCGGACAUGAUCAAGGAGAUCCUGGUGAAGCAGAUCGACGUCUUCACCGACCGACGACCUUUCCCCGCCGUGCAGCGUGCUCCACUGGUGAGACGAUUCGUGUCCCUCAUGAAGGGCCAGGAAUGGAAGGACCUCCGAUCGAGCCUCACGCCCGUGUUCUCCUCUGGAAAAAUCAAACGGAUGUCUCCCAUGAUCGAGGAAUGCGCCCAGAGACUCGUCAAAAACUUCCAAUCUUCCAUUGAAAAGUCAUCCGUCGACAAAUCUUCCUCCCCAGGAGUCCUCGACCUCAAGGCUCACUUCGGCGCCUUCACUUUAGACGUCAUCGCGACAUGUGCCUUCGGCACAAGAUUGAACUCUUUGGGCAGCCCCGACGACCCUUUCAUUAAAUACGCUCGCAAGUUCUUCAUCAACCCGAGAACAUCUACUCCAAUCGGAAUUUUGCCAUUCAUGUUUCCCAGCAUCAUGUCCACCAACCUGACCUUCUUCUCGCGCGAGGGUCUCCGCUUCUUCGCCGACGUCGUUCAGCAGCUCCUGAAGGAGAGGAAAGACUCCGGCAAAAUGGGAACGCGAGGGGACUUCAUCGAUCUUCUGCUCGAGGUUCAAUCGAGCGACCUCAAGGGCAAUGUAGAUGACGAAACUAUCACUGCACAGGCCGUCCUCUUCUUCCUCGCCGGAUACGACACAACCGCCACUCUUCUCACUAUGUCUACCUUUUGCCUUGCCACAAAUCCCGCAGUACAGACGAAAUUGCAGAACGAGCUGCAGAAGGCUGGACCUUUGAAUCGGGAGUCGAUUCUCCACUGCUCUUAUCUGGAUCAUGUCAUCAACGAGGCCCUCAGGUUGUACCCGCCGGCCAUAAGAACGGAACGUCUCUGUGGGAAAGAUAUUGUAAUCAAUGGCUACAAAAUCGAAAAAGGAAUCGUCGUACAUGUCCCCAUUUAUGCCAUGCACCACCUGGAGGAGUUCUUCCCGGACCCUGACAAAUUCAUACCAGAACGGUUUGCGGAUGACCAGGUUUUGCCAUACACGUUCCUCCCAUUCGGACAGGGGAGCCGGAACUGCAUCGGGAUGCGAUUCGCCUUGGAGGAGGCUAAGAUCGCUCUGGCUCACGUCAUUUCAGCUUUUGAGUUUUCUCGAGGGCCGGAAACGGAAGUUCCGCCUCGAGACCAUCCCAAUAUGUUCCUCUAUCAACCGCUCGAUGUCAAGAUAAAGCCAGUGGUGAGGCGCUUCAUUUCCAUCCUGAAGGGCCAAGAAUGGAAGGACCUCCGGUCGAGCAUCACACCCGUGUUCUCCUCGGGAAAAAUCAAGCGGAUGUCUCCCAUGAUCGAGGAAUGCGCCCAGAGACUCAUCAAAAACUUCCAAUCUUCCCUUGAAAAGUCAUCCGUCGACAAAUCUUCCUCGCCUGGUGUUCUCGACCUCAAGGCUCACUUUGGCUCCUUCACGUUAGACGUCAUCGCGACCUGCGCCUUCGGCACCAGACUGAACUCUUUGGGAACACCUGAUGACCCUUUCAUUAAACACGCACGCAAAUUCUUCAUCAACGAAAAAACAUCCACCCCACUCGGAGUUUUACCAUUCAUGUUUCCCAGCAUCGCGACAGCCAACCUCGCUUUAUUUUCACGCGAGGGUCUCCGCUUCUUCACUGACGUCGUCCAGCAGCUCCUACAGGAGAGGAAAGACUCCGGCAAAAUGGGCAUGCGAGGGGACUUCAUCGACCUUCUCCUCGAGGUUCAAUCGAGCGACCUCAAGGGCAUUGUAGACGACGAGACUAUCAUUUCACAAGCCGUUCUCUUCUUUGUCGCCGGGUACGACACCACCGCCACCCUCCUAACCAUGUCCACUUAUUGUCUUGCAAUGCACCCUGCAGUACAGACGAAGCUCUGGGAUGAGUUAAAGAAAACCGGCCCCUUGACUCGAGAGUCCAUCCUCAACUGCUCUUAUCUGGAUCAUGUUAUCAACGAGGCCCUCAGGCUGUACCCGCCGGCCAUAAGAACGGAAAGACUCUGCGGGAAAGACGCCGUCGUCAAUGGCUACAAGAUCGAAAAAGGAAUCGUCGUACAUGUCCCCAUUUAUGCCAUGCACCACCUGGAGGAAUUUUUCCCGAAGCCGUACCAAUUCAUACCAGAGAGAUUUGCGGAUGACCAGGUUUUGCCAUACACAUUCCUCCCAUUCGGACAGGGGAGCCGGAACUGCAUCGGGAUGCGAUUCGCCUUGGAGGAGGCUAAGAUCGCCUUGGCUCACGUCCUUGCAGCUUUUGAGUUUUCUCGAGCCACGGAAACGGAAGUGCCACCUCGAGACCAUCCCAAUAUGUUCCUCUAUCAACCGCUCGAUAUCAAGAUAAAGGUGUACGGGACCUACGACGGGAGCCACCCGACGCUCGUGGUCGCGGACCCGGACAUGAUCAAGGAGAUCCUGGUGAAGCAGAUCGACGCGUGACCCAGUGUCGAGGCGCUUCGUGUCCUUCAUGAGGGGACAGGAAUGGAAAGACCUCCGAUCGAGCCUCACCCCCGUGUUCUCCUCCGGAAAAAUCAAGCGGAUGUCUCCCAUGAUCGAGGAAUGCGCUCAGAGGCUCGUCGAAAACUUCCACUCUUCCCUCGACAAGUCAUCCGCCGACCAGUCUUCCUCCGCAGGAGUCCUCGAUCUCAAGACUCACUUCGGCGCCUUCACCUUAGAUGUCAUCGCGACCUGCGCCUUUGCCACCAGAUUGAACUCUUUGGGAACACCCGACGACCCUUUCAUUCAACACGCCCGCCGGUUCUUCAUGAAUCCAUAUACAUCGACACCACUUGGAGUUUUGCCAUUCAUGUUCCCCAGCAUCAUGUCCACCAACCUGACCUUCUUCUCGAAGGAGAGUCUCCAAUUCUUUAUCGAUGUCGGUUAUCAACUCUUGAAGGAGAGAAGGGCCUCCGGCAAUGUGGGAAUCCGCGGGGAUUUCAUGGAUCAUCUCCUCGAGGUUCAAGCGACCGACUCCAAAGGUACCGUCGACGAUGAGACCAUCAUUGCACAGGCUGUCACCUUCUUCGUCGCCGGAUAUGACACCACCGCCACUCUUCUCACCAUGUCCACCUAUUGCCUUGCCAUGAACCCUGCAGUGCAGACAAAGCUCCGGGACGAGUUGAAGAAAGCCUGCCCCUUGACUAGAGAGUCUAUUCUCCAUUGUUCUUACCUGGAUCAUGUCAUCAACGAAGCCCUUAGAUUAUACCCGCCGGCCAUAAGAACGGAACGUCACUGUGGGAAAGACGUCGACAUCAACGGCUACAAAAUCGAAAAAGGCAUCAUCGUAGUUGUCCCGAUCCACGCCAUGCACCACAUGGAGGAAUUCUUCCCGGAACCGGACCAAUUCAUUCCAGAGCGGUUUGCGGAUGACCAGGUUUUGCCAUACACAUUCCUCCCAUUCGGACAGGGAAGUCGGAACUGCAUCGGGAUGCGUUUCGCCCUGGAGGAGGCCAA